UUAAUUUAUGAAUUCGAGCAAUCAGUUGUCAUCGGCUUUUACAUCCUGUACGCGCUGUUUGAGUCACUGAAAUCGCGUUAUCUCUAGCUUCCGCCUUCCGUCUUCCCAUCAACUGUUCGAAGCCACACUCAAAAGAUGAGGCAGAUAGAAUGGGCGAUGUGGGCCAAUGAACAGGCCAUAAUUAGUUCAUCCGUCAUCCUUUUUGGUGGAAUCAUUGGUAUAGCAGGAUUUUUCCAGGCUUGGGAAAUUGGAAUUUAUGCAGUCGUUGCUUCCAUUUUGGUGUUUGUUGUGGAGUAUCCUAGGGGUAAGCGCGUCAAAGGACGUACAACAGAACGCAAAUUCCAGAAACCUUUUACAACACUGGUGAAUUGCAGUGGGUUUCUUGGCAGAAACUAUUUUGUUAGAUUCCUAUUCCAUCUUAUAUUAUGUGCUCCGUUGUGUUUUAUCCUUGCGACAAUUAUGGGUGGACUGAGUCUGUUUGUUACCAGCAUGAUAUAUCUAGCAGCAGCAUUUAAAGGAGAACAGUGGAAACCAGUUGGUCUGGAGGAGAAACCAGCCGAAGAUUUAACCAAAAAAGAUCUCAAAUCAUUCCGUCAGCCCAAGAAGCCCCCUCCCAGAGCCCCACCCCAGGAGGUACACGACAACCGGGUCUGAACCAUGAGUGCCACCCCAGGGGAUACAUGGCAAUGGAUCCCUGAGGUCUAUCCCAGGGGAUAAAUGACAGUUGUGUCUGAACAUAAAAAGACUUCUUACCAAAUGAGAUUAUGUACCAUAUUUUGUUGAUAUAUCUUCCUAUUUAUAACCAGAACAAAUUUUAAAUACAUUGACUCCUGUGCCAUAUCAAAUCAUACCAAACACAGUAUAAUUGUGUUUCUCUCCCAUUAUUUCAGUGCAUCCCACUUCUCUUAAGAGCUAUAAAGCCUCUCUCUUUUAUUCAGAUAACCAUCCUAUCAAUGUUAUUCCAAGAAAUACAUAUCUUGAGUCCUUACACACCCUGUUUGCUCAAAGAAUUUUGUUAAAACACUUUCAUUUAAUCAUUUAAUGAUUUAUUUACAUAUA